GCGUGUGGAAAGCGCUCUGCUUUAGGUUUUACGGUUUUGAUUGAGCUGUGUUUUUCUUCCGUUUCUUGAGUUGCAGCAAAUCUGCACAAUUAGCGGAUUCCCCGUCUACACACUCACUCAUUUGGACACACACACUCGCCAUAUGGUGCGUUCAGGACAAAUGGGAACUCGGAAAAAAACGAGGUCAAAUCAUGACGUCAGUGCUCUUGAGGUCAGUUAGUCGAAGCUUUAGAGUUCUGAGUUGGAUGACCGUUCAAAACGAAUUAUCCAAUUCAGAGCUAGUUUUUUUCGCGAGUUCCCAGUUGUCUUGAACGCACUGAAGUUUGAAGUGGAGAUUUCCGAGCUCCUAGUUGUUUGAACGCGGCAAUACCCUGGUCACUGCAGCUACCCAUAGACGCAUAUUUCUGGGGGGAAGGUCAUUACCGUCAGCUGAUCAUAUGACAGCGUGCGCAUGACCAGGAAGUAAACAUUGAACAGAGACACACAAAGAGGGAUUCUUCAAGACCAACUCAAAUGGUGUCCCUGAUCUGCACCCUGCAAGACCAUCGCGACGAUGUCAACUGGUGCGCCUUCUCCCCGACACUGCUGGCCACCUGUUCAGCUGACAAAACCGUACGAAUUUACAACACCCAAGACUUUUCCGAAGUCCCAUACUCCCCGCUCUCUGGCCACGGCUAUGGCGUCCAUUGUUGUUGCUUCAGCGCCUGUGGUCAGUAUUUAGCCUCGUGUUCAACUGAUGGUUCCACAGUUGUGUGGUCAACGGACACAGGUGAGAUAGAGGCAGUGUUGGAGCAUCCUGGUCGGAACCCCGUCAGGGUCUGCGCCUUCUCGCCCGACUCUUCACACCUGGUUUCGGGGGCGUCCGAUGGUACUUUAGGUCUUUGGGAUUUCCGUACGAAAACAUUGCACAGGACGGGGGCAGUGAAUGACACCACUAUGGUGGCAUGCUCCUUCACCCCCUGUGGCCAGAUGUUUGUCACUGGAUCUACGUAUGGGGACCUCAGGCUGUGGGACCUGGACAUGAACCAGCUUCAUGCGGAGAAGAACACUCAUGACUUGGGGGUCACCUGCUGCUGCUUUGGCCCCAAGAUCCUCAGUGGUAGCGGUACGGUACAGUUCCGCCUGGCCUCCUGUGGACAAGACAGCACGCUGAAGAUAUGGACCGUCUCCAGGUCCAACACAGGCAGCUGUAAGAUGCAGCUGCUGCACACCCUGACCGGCCAGUCUGCCCCGGUGCUCUCCUGUGCUUUCUCUGCGGACGGACAGCUGCUUGUGUCUGGCUCAGUGGACAAAACUGUCACAGUAUACGAUGCUAGCCAGGGGACUUUGCUCUACAUAUUGAACCAACACGAGAGGUACGUGACGGCGUGUGCCUUCUCUCCCAGCACACCUCUGUUCGCCACGGGUUCUAUGGACAAGACUGUCAAUAUAUGGAGAGUAGAGGAUGGACACAGUGGCCAUGAAGGCAAAUCUUUACCUGUUGAAACUGCAACAUUCUCAUGCGAAGGCAGAAAGUUGCUGUGUCACUCCAGGCUUCUGGUCAGUGAUUGGUCAGAGGAGGACGUGGGGGCGUGGCUGUGUGAGGAGGGGCUGCAGGUGCUGGUGGAAAACUUCAAGGCAAACAACAUAGAUGGAGCGGAGCUCAUCAGUCUGACCAAGGAGACACUGGCCUCAGAACUCAACAUAGAGUCUGUGGGGUUGCGCAGUAAGGUCCUGAGGAAGGUGGAGGAACUGAAGGCGGGGUGUGUGUGUACCGGUGUUCCUGAUGAGUACCUCUGUCCAAUCACCAGAGAGUUGAUGAAGGACCCUGUUAUCGCUGCAGAUGGGUACUCCUAUGAGAGGGAAGCGAUUGAGAGCUGGAUCGCAACCAAGAAUCGUUCCAGCCCCAUGACCAACCUGCCCUUACAGACCACACUUCUGACCCCAAACCGAACCCUGAAGAUGGCUAUUGGACGCUGGAGGACCAGCCAGUGAGAAAGAGGGCUGCAUCGGCAUCUUCUACAUCCAUUUCAAUCUGAAGGCGGGUCUAUCCCUCAGUUAACUUCUGACCAAAAGUAGGCUCAUAGUACAUAAAGCUAUAUAUGAUGAUGUUUUCAGGUUGACCAUACUGAGCUUCGAUUCAACCCCUCACUGUGUCUGUUGGGAUGAAACUGCUUUAGAAUGUAAAUAUUUAUAGCUGAUGAGACAUUCUAAUAUAUAUAUUCUCAAACUCAUGCAUGUUAACCAUGUUUAACUCUGCUAUUUACUCUACUCUGCUGCUUUAGCUCCAGAACCAUUUCGAUGUACAGUGUAUUCAGAAAGUAUUCAGACCCCUUGACUUUUUCCACAUUUUGUUAUGUUACAGCUUUAUUCUAAAAUUGAUUAAAUUGUUUUUUCCCCCUCGUUAAUAUACACAUAAUACCCCAUAAUGACAAAGCAAAUUACAGCCUCCGGUCUUCUUGGGAGUGACGCUACAAGCUUUGCACCCCUGUAUUUGGGGAGUUUCUUCCUUCUCUGCAGAUCAUCUCAAGCUCUGUCAGGUUGGAAGAGGAAUGUCGCUGCACGGCUAUUUCCAGGUCUCUCCAGAGAUGUUCGAUUGGGUUCAAGUCGGGGCUCUGGCUGGGCCACUCAAGGACAUUCAGAGACUUGUCCCGAAGACAUUCCUGUGUUGUCUUAGCUGUCUGCCUAGGUUCAUUGUCCUGUUGGAAGGUGAACCUUCGCCCCAGUCUGAAGUCCUGUGCACUCUGGAGCAAGUUUUCAUCAAGGAUCUCUGUACUUUUCUCCGUUCAUCUUUCCCUCAAUCCUGACUAGUC